AGUGCCCCCAUCAUUCAGACUCAGACCAACCAGCGACUACUCUUCUCGAAACAUCCAGCCUCGCCGCCGGCGACCUCACCCGCCGCCGCCGCCGCCGGCGUCGAAGAUGCCGGUUAGGGUGGUCGACACCGCCACCCCUUCCUCCCAGCCCUCCUCAGGUCAAGACACAAAUGCUGUGCAACCGACUCCUCCUAGCUGUUCACUCUUAACUGCUGGAAGAUGUUUUGCAGGAACUCAGAAUGUUUCAAGUCUACAAAAGGAUGAAGCGUGGAAAGUCAAUGUGCGUAUCCAUGGCUGUGAUCUUGAACAGGGUUAUUUAUGUGGAACUAUGGAAGCACUUAAUGUUCCCUUAGCCGAUACACCUGUGGUGACAUUCUGGGAGGGGGAAAUAGUAGAUGCUAAAAAUUAUACCUUUUUUACUGGCAAGUGGGAGGCAUCACCAGAGGAUGAUGUAAGACACUGGUCCAAGUUCCCAUCAUUUACUCCUCUUCUGAGUCAGGUCGAGAUAGAUGGUGGCAAGUCGGUGGACCUUAGCAACUAUCCUUAUAUAUUUAUGAGAUGGAAAGAGCAGUACUUUGUGAAUGUUGGAGUUGACUGUGGUUUGACCAUAGCUGGUUUCUACUAUGUCUGCUUUUCAUGUAGCGAUGGAUCUAUUAGUGGCUUUUAUUAUGACCCAAACAGCAGUCCAUUCCAGAAGCUUGAAUUGAAGUGCACCAAUGAGAAACAAUCUGGAUUUACCUUUUCUUCAUAUGAGCUGCAGUGACAGGUAUAAUGCUAUUAUUUGAAGUGGCAGGGAUUACACGGGCGAACUUUCUGCGCGUGCCAAUAUUACAUAUAGCGUGUUUGUACUGAACUCAUAGUUUCUGUUAAAGAGUUGAGAGGUCAUAUAUGUAUGGAUGUACCGGUGAAUUGUUGCAAGACCAAACAAUCAUGUAACUCGGUACUUUUGUAAUCUGAAUGAAUAUAUUCUGAAGAGAAGCUCGCUUUUUAUUGUCCAAAA